AUGGCUAGCAACAGUCUGGCACCGCCAACGCUGGCCGUAGACACUCGUGUCCGCCCGAGGAGCGACACGGCCGCAUCAUUCGUCUCCAAUGUAUCCAACCCGUUUCUAACACCGUCACACUCGAAUCCCUUCCUGACGCCAGCCCAAUCUGACUGCGGGUCGAGCAUCAUGACGGUAGAUGCCGAAGCCGCACUCCGUCCAGAUCCUGGUACCGAAGCCGAUUUCCAGGUCGAGAACAACCCUUUCGCUUUCAGUACCGGCCAACUGAACAAGCUACUGAACCCGAAAUCCCUGCCCGCAUUCCGAGCCUUGGGCGGUCUCGCCGGCAUCGAGCGUGGCCUGCAAUCCAACAUCAGGGCCGGCCUCAGUCUUGACGAGACAUCCGUACCGUCAACCGUCACCUUUGAACAAGCCCUACGGAGAGCGUCUGAUACAACCCUAGAGUCCUCAGAGCGGCCAACCCCUUCCGAUUCCGAGGCCUUCGUCGACCGCUCAAGGAUCUACGGGAAAAACAUUCUGCCAUCAAAGAAGGCCACGCCUCUCUGGGUCUUGAUGUGGAAUGCCUACAAUGACAAGGUCAUCAUCCUACUGACUGUAGCCGCUGUCAUCUCGCUGGCGCUGGGCCUCUACGAAACACUUGGGAUCCAGCAUAAGCCUGGUGACCCUCCGUCGGUGGACUGGGUCGAAGGCGUUGCUAUCAUUGUCGCCAUCCUGAUCGUUACGCUAGUCGGUUCGCUCAACGACUGGCAAAAGGAGCGUGCGUUUGUUAAGCUCAACGCCAAGAAGGAAGACCGAGAGAUCAAGGUCGUUCGAUCGGGCAAGUCGUUCAUAAUCAACGUCCAUGAUAUCCUCGUUGGCGACGUCCUACACCUCGAGCCCGGCGAUCUGAUCCCCGUCGACGGAGUGUUCAUCACUGGGCACGACCUGAAGUGCGACGAAUCCUCAGCAACCGGAGAGUCUGAUGCCAUCAAGAAGACGCCUGGCGACCAGGUAAUCUCGAUGCUGGAGUCCGGCGCCAACACCAAAGGCCUCGACCCCUUUAUCAUCUCUGGUGCCAAGGUCCUCGAGGGUGUCGGCACUUUCCUCUGCACCUCAGUCGGCGUCAACUCCAGUUUCGGCAAGAUCAUGAUAUCUGUCCGAACCGAGAUCGAAGCGACACCGUUGCAGAAGAAAUUGGAAAAGCUUGCCGUCGCAAUCGCCCAACUGGGAGGCGGCGCUGCUGUGCUGCUGUUCUUCGUCCUACUAUUCCGCUUCCUCGCCGGCCUGUCGACUGACAUACGGUCGGCCCCCGAGAACGCUUCCAGCUUCCUGGACAUCCUGAUUGUGGCUGUUACCAUUAUUGUUGUGGCUGUGCCCGAAGGUUUGCCCCUGGCCGUGACCCUGGCCCUGGCCUUUGCCACCCAACGGCUGUUGAAGGAGAACAACCUCGUACGCGUGUUACGUGCCUGUGAGACCAUGGGCAACGCCACCACCAUCUGUUCCGACAAGACCGGCACGCUCACCACCAAUAAGAUGACUGUCGUUGCCGGAUCAUUCGGCCAGUCCAGCUUUGCCAAGUCGGAAAGCGAAAAGCCCAGUGGUCUGACGAUCUCCCAAUGGGCUGCUGGACUGUCUCAACCGACCAAGGAUGCUCUCGCUCAAUCCAUUGCGAUCAACUCGACUGCUUUCGAGGGCAAAGAUGGGGGCCAAGCCACCUUCAUAGGUUCCAAGACCGAGACCGCACUGCUGCAAUUGGCCAAGGACCAUCUGGGCAUACAGUCGCUGGCUGAGCUUCGCGCCAACGAGCAGACCGUGCAGAUGAUGCCUUUCGACUCGAGCAAGAAGUGCAUGGGCGCUGUCAUCAAGAUCGGUUCUCAGUACCGACUCUUAGUGAAGGGGGCAUCCGAGAUUCUCUUGAGCUACUGCAGCGAGAAGGCCGAUAUCGAUACUCUUGCACCCAACGAACUCACCACUAGUGACCGCGCCGGACUGACCUCGGUCAUCGAUACUUAUGCCAAGGGCUCGCUUCGAACUAUCGGUCUCGUGUACCGGGAUUUCGCUCAAUGGCCACCUGCACACGCAGAGGUCGGGGAUGGCCAUGUCCAGUUCGCCUCUAUUCUUCAAGACCUUGUGUGGCUUGGUGUCGUUGGUAUCCAAGAUCCAGUAAGGCCGGGUGUCCCCGAGGCGGUUCGCAAGGCCCAGCAUGCUGGCGUGAGCGUCCGCAUGGUCACUGGUGACAACGUCAUCACAGCCCAGGCCAUCGCUUUAGAAUGUGGCAUAUACACCAACGGCAUCGUCAUGGAGGGACCUGCAUUUAGAGUUCUCAGUGACGAGGCGAUGAAUGAUAUGCUGCCAAGGCUUCAAGUACUCGCGCGGUCAUCACCUGAAGACAAGCGGAUUCUAGUGUCGAAGCUCAAGGACCUCGGCGAAACAGUAGCCGUGACUGGCGACGGCACGAAUGACGCUCCAGCUCUAAAGACUGCUGAUGUGGGCUUCUCGAUGGGCGUUUGCGGAACCGAAGUAGCCAAAGAGGCUUCUGAGAUUGUGUUGAUGGACGACAACUUUGCUUCGAUCCUAACCGCUCUCAAAUGGGGUCGAGCUGUGAACGACUCGGUUCAAAAGUUUCUCCAGUUUCAAAUCACUGUCAACAUCACAGCCGUCCUCCUUGCCUUCGUUUCUGCCGUGGCCAGUCCUGACAUGCAGUCUGUGCUCACAGCUGUGCAGCUGCUCUGGGUGAACCUCAUCAUGGAUACGUUCGCAGCACUCGCGCUUGCCACCGACCCGCCCACCGAGAAGGUACUUGACCGCCCACCGCAGCCCAAACGGGCUCCUCUGAUCACCACCAACAUGUGGAAGAUGAUCAUCGGACAAGCCAUCUUCCAGCUCGUGGUGACGAUGGUACUGCACUUCGCCGGCGCCAGCAUCCUCGGCUACGACCCCAAUAACGCCGACCAGAAGAGGGAGCUCGACACCAUGGUCUUCAACACGUUUGUCUGGAUGCAGAUCUUCAACGAGUUCAACAACCGCAGACUGGACAACAAAUUCAACAUCUUCGAGGGCGUGCAUCGCAACAAGUUCUUCAUCGCGAUCAAUGCCAUCAUGAUCGGGGCACAGAUCGCCAUCGUCUUUGUGGGAGGCGACGCCUUUGAGAUCAAACCGCUCGACGGCACACAGUGGGCCAUCUGCAUCGUCGCAGCACUGGUAUGUCUGCCGUGGGCUAUCCUCGUCAGACUCUUUCCCGACGCAUGGUUUGCCGUGAUGGCCAAGACGGUCGGUGCUCCUGUCGUCGUCGUUUACCGGUUUUUGGCCAAGGUAUUCUCCAAGAUCGGACAGGUCUUCAAACGUAAUAAGAAGACUGCUACGACGGGAGAGGAAGACGUGGAUGAGCCGAGAAACUAUUCGGAGGAGAGUGGCAACGCACCAGCGAUCAUCGUGUCUGGAGGUAACGACAUGCAGCAGAGCAACCCUACGAUACAGGUAGGGGAUCUGGAGGAGGGGCGCACUUAG